CGGAAGGGGGCGGGACUUGGAGUCUUGUUUACUAUCAGCCGGAGCUGGUGGUUUGUGAUGAUGAAGGUGGUGAUGGUGGUGCACGGCGGCGCGUGGGCCAUACCCGACGAUCUGGCCGAGCCCUCGGUGGCGGGGGUGAAGGCUGCUGUCAGGACAGGAAGUGCCAUUCUGAGAGGAGGGGGGAGCGCGCUGGACGCCGUCGAAGCCGCCGUUAGGAUGAUGGAGGACGAUCCGGCUUUCGAUGCAGGUCACGGCGCCGUGCUGAAUGAGGAUGGAGAGGUGGAGCUGGACGCCUUCAUCAUGGAGGGAAGGACGCUCGGGGCCGGGGCCGUUUCUUCAGUCAGGAACAUCGCUAACCCGGUUAGCCUCGCCCGCGCUGUGAUGGAAAAGACCCAUCACGUCAUGCUGACGGGCCGAGGAGCGAACCUGUUCGCCGAGAGCAUCGGAACUCCUACUGUCCCGGCGGAGGCGCUGGUGCUGGAGCAGGAGAUACAGGAGUGGAGGCGCUAUAAGAAGUACGCCGUCGGUGUCAGAGAACUCUUCAACUCACACUGGGACCGUGACACCGUCGGCGCCGUGGCUCUGGACGCUUUUGGAAACAUCGCCUGUGCCACUUCGACGGGGGGAAUCAGAAACAAAAUGGUGGGACGAGUCGGAGAUUCUCCCGUUAUAGGAUCGGGCGGAUACGCCGACAAUAAAAGCGGUGCGGCGUCCUGUACCGGCCACGGCGAGUCCAUCCUGAAGGUCACCUUAGCCCGACUCAUCCUCUUCCACAUGGAACAAGGGAAGUCGGUGGAUGAGGCGGCACGUUCCUCGCUGCGGUACAUGGGCGAGCGGGUUCAGGGUGGCGGAGGAGCCGUCGUCGUGUCGCCCACCGGAGACUGGAGCGCCGCGUUCACCACCGAGCGCAUGGCCUGGGCCGCCGUCCAUGAGGAACAUCUGUACUACGGUUUAAAUCCUGAUGAGAGAUUUCAGGAGGAUCUGCUGUGAGAUGUUUGUCAUAUUCGUCACGUUUUUAAUGUUGUUCUCACCUAAAAAUAAAAUCUAAAUAUUGUUUAAA